AUGUGGCAAUUCUACUUAGGAAACAACUGUCAACGUAGCAAUUCAGAACUAGUUCUGUGACAACUUUCGGAUAUCGUUUUCUAUUCAACUAAGUUUUGCAACUAAAAAUGCACCGGGUAGUGUUGGCCGAAUCCUUAACAGUACAAUAAAAUGACGCCAAAAAACUCCAGCCACAAUCUCAAAUACAUAAGCCUUAUUACUCUAACUCUGCAAAAUGCAAUACUGGGACUCAGCAUGCGAUAUUCGCGGACAAGGGCAGGUGACAUUUUCAUCAGUUCGACAGCUGUCUUAAUGUCUGAAUCAGUCAAGUUCGUUACUUGUCUUUUUCUAGUAUUCAACGAAGAGGGGAAACGUCUUGAAAAUUUGAUUUUUACCCUACGACGUACGAUUAUUGAAAAUCCCAUGGAUACCUUGAAGGUAUGCGUUCCGUCGUUCAUUUAUAUUGUACAAAACAACUUACUUUAUGUGUCAGCUUCACAUUUGGAUGCUGCCACUUACCAAGUAACAUAUCAACUAAAAAUUCUGACUACUGCAAUGUUCGCUGUUAUAAUCUUGAGGAAAAAAUUGCAUUCUACCCAGUGGGGAUCUUUAUUGAUUCUUGUAAUGGGAGUAGUUCUCGUCCAACUUGCGCAGGAUAACAAAGCGUCAUCAUCGCUUCCAGUUUCAGGCCGUGAACAAAAUCGAUUGCUUGGCUUUGCAGCGGCACUUGGGGCAUGUUUUCUGUCUGGUCUAGCAGGAAUAUAUUUCGAAAAAAUUUUGAAAGGUGCAGAGAUUUCAGUAUGGAUGAGAAAUGUGCAACUGAGCAUGCUAAGCAUUCCUUUCGGUUUACUUACUUGUUUUAUCAACGACCAUCAAGAAAUAUCUAGUAAAGGAUUUUUUUACGGAUACGAUCUUUUUAUAUGGUACUUAAUUUUUUUGCAAGCUGGUGGGGGAUUAAUCGUAGCCGUUGUUGUCAAAUAUGCCGAUAAUAUUCUUAAAGGUUUCGCAACUUCCCUAGCUAUAGUGAUAUCAUGUGUCGCAUCAAUAUACUUAUUCGAUUUUCAUUUGACCGUUCAAUUUUCAAUUGGCGCGGCUUUAGUUAUUGCUUCUAUUUAUAUGUAUGGAUACGAUCCUUCCAAAAGAGCUCACCCACCAGCAUCUAGAAGUACUGACGAUGUGGAACGAUUAUUGAAAGUAUAAUUCAGUAUAACAUUCUUGUGUUUAUUUACAAUUGUAUGUGAUUAAUAUAAGCGGUGAUUAUGUCUAAAGUAAUCUUUAUUAUAAUAAAAAAAAUAAGUAAAAUCUCA